ACAUACAGAUUUCAGUCUUUCGUGAGAUUUAAAGAAAAAAUAACCUAUUAAAAUGAACGGAACUGCCGAUAAUUCAGAAAAACCAGCUUUCCAUGAGCAUCAGCCGCGUCUAAACGAUGUGGCCCAGGAGUUCUUGGCGGAUGUGGACAAGGAGCGCCAGCGUCUGUCCGCCGAGUUCCCUUUAUGCGCAAUGCUAAUCGAUGAAGCUGUGGCCCGUGUUUACUCCACUGGCCGCAUUCCGGGCAAAGAGUUCUAUGCCGAUGUCUACCAGCAGAGGCCUUUGAAGAUAACCCAGAAGGUCUUUGUGCCUGUGAAGCAGCAUCCGAAUUUCAACUUCACUGGCAAGAUUCUGGGACCCAAGGGAAACUCUCUGCGUCGCCUGCAGGAUGAGACUAAGUGCAAAAUCUCCAUCAAGGGGCGCCACUCGAUGCGUGAUCGAGCCAAGGAGGACCAGCUGCGCGACUGUGGCGAUCCGUGGUAUGCCCAUCUGCAGAAGGACCUCUUCCUGGAGGUCAGCACUGUGGCCACCCCGGCCGAGUCCUAUGCUCGCAUGGCCUAUGCCCUUUCCGAGAUCCGCAAGUAUAUAGUUCCAGACAAGAACGAUGAGGUGUCGCAAGAGCAACUGCGCGAGAUGAUGAACAUAGAUCCUGAGUCGGCUAAGAAUUUGAUAUUUGGUAAAAAGUUUGGUGGCAAUAGCGACGGAGCCCCCAAGUUCAUCAAUUUAAGGAAGAGAGCUGCUGAAAAUCCGCCUGAAGUUAACAAGCCGGAGGAGGUGGCCCCCAAGCGCCAACCCACUAUUUUUUGAGUACAGCAAACCAAGUCCAUCAAUAAUAUCAAAUACCUCGGUAUUCUAGUCCCAAAAAAUAUUAAUAAGAGUACCGAGCUGAACGGAUCGUAGUUUUGCUUGAUUCCACCGCAAACCGCUAUAAAUGAUAACUAAGGACGAUAUUGUUGAUGAUUAUAAAAGACCUGCUGAGAACAAUAUGAAUACAAGAAGACAAGAAGACACGUUAAGAAGAAUUCAAAAAGAUAGACGUUAAGAAGAAGAUGAAUGAAUAAUGUAAUAAUGCGUUCACACUCUAUAAACUCUAUAACAGGAUUAACAAAUCUAAACUUUCGGCGUCAACACCAUCAGAUAACAAGUCCAAUAUAUACUGAAAAUACUGUCAUAAUUAUGAUUAAUUAGAUAAGUUCUCAAUUAUCCACGAUUCUUGAUGAAAUAAAGGAAGAAGAAAUAAUCACUGUCACAAACAGAUAUAAUUAUAAUCGGGUCAAUUGAAUUAACCCAUACUAAUUUAUACUCAUGUCACAAGAUAUCUUAAAGAAAUAAACAAAUACCCGUAUGGAA